UAUUCGCCCAUACUUUGUUCCUAUCGGAUUGACAAGCUAAUACUGUGCUUUUUUGUUUUGUUUGAAUUAUAAAAAAAAAUUUUUUAUUUAAUUAGUAAAAAUGAGGGACGAAGUGAAGAUGGAUGCAAAUCGGUUAAUUGCCGAAGUUUACAAGCGGCCAGCGCUUUGGAACCAAAGGCAUAUCUCUUAUCAUAAUCGCGAGGUGACGAACCGCGUUUGGAUGGAGAUUGCAUCGAUAUUCAAGUUACCCAAACCAGUAUUAAAAGCAAAAUGGAAAGGUUUGCGAGAUACUUUUCGAGCAGAAUUAAAAAAGGAUCAAGUUUAUCGCAAAAGUAAAUUUCAUCGAAAUAGGCCAGUAUGGAUACAUUUCAAAAGUUUGCAAUUUUUAAAAGAACAAAUGUUACCUCGACCUCCUAUUUGGGAACGAAGUAAUUCUUGUCAAGAUGAUGAUCGAGUACCUAGUGAAAGCGAGAGCGAUGGAGCUUUGAUACAGAAUGGUUCGUCGGUAACAAGCAGAAAUGUGGAAGAUCGAAAUACGAUUGCAAAUCAUCUACUGUCGAUAAAUAGCGACAACGGAUUAAAGAUCGACGCUGUCAAUCAUAUAGAUGUGAAACAAGAACCUGAGGAGAAUUUUGACAAUCUUGAAUUUCAAAGUGUUUCCGACAAUCUCACUGAAAACGAAAUGAUGUUACAAAAUAUUUCUCCUGAACAGGUGCUCAUGGGUGAAAAUGACACUAAUAUUGGUAUACCAGUAGAUCCUUUAGAAGGCAAUCGUUUUGAUGAUAAUUAUUAUUUUCUUAUGAGUCUUUUACCACAUAUAAGAACAUUGCCUGCUGACAAAAGAAUGUUACUCAGAAUGCAAAUGCAAGAAUUAGUUUAUAAGGAAGUUUAUAAGAAAAAUUCGGAUAGCAUUACAGCAUCGUAAAAAAAUGUUAAAAAUAAGUAUUUUUAAAGAAAUAUCUAUAUGUGUUUUGUUGGAAUCAAUUAAAUCAUCAAAAUAUCAUUAACUAUUCGCGAUAACAUUAAUAUGAAACAAAUUGUUUUAUUAAAAAUUAAUCAACAAAUUAAUAGGUUGAAGAAAUAACAUAAUAAAGAGCUAUAGUCUUAUUUAAGUUAAUAUUUUCAACAAAUUUAUACUCCGUAGGUUGAGAAACACUGGUGCUUUCUCGUACCUGCGGGUACGACCGUGAUGUUUAGUGUGGUGUAUAUAGGUGUAGUAACGUAUUCGUGUAUUCACGACAUUCCUGUUUCGUUGCGCAUGCGUACCUGCCAUAGCUCCUCUCGACUAAUCGUUUCGUUCAUUUUCGUGUUACGAUUCGGUUGUGCUUUCGUUAGUUUGUUCGCGAUUGCCAAAGAUCAUUGUGUCCAUGCAUUUAUAGUUUUAAAUUUGAAAUUGUGCAUUUAAUUAAUUUAUGUGCAGGUGUACCUGUCUGUGUCAAAGAUAUUUAUUGUGUGUAUUUUUUGUGAAUCUAUUACCUGAUUAAGGUUUAGUGUAUACAGGUGUUUACUUCAGGUGACAGAAAGGUGCAUCUGCCUCGGAUUUUCAAUUUUUAAUUCUAUAUGUUCUGUAUUUAACUAUGCGUUUGUAAGAAAUUUAUUCGCUUCUUUGUUGAACAGACUAUUCAAAACUGACAAACUCAUAUAUUAGAGAAUAUAA